AUGCGACGCCGCCACUACUCUUACGCCUCCAUGGCCGGCGAUAGUAGGCUCACGAAGCCGCGGGGAAGUUCCUCCAAUCCGCAAGCAGCCAGAAACGCGUCGCACACGGCGCAAAACGCGGCGCCAAAUCCGACCGCCACGGCGGAGCUUCCGCUGCCCUCAUUCCACGUGGACGUGGCGAUUGCUGGCGGCGGACUCGCGGGGCUCGCGCUCGCCGCCGGCCUGCAGGCGCGCGGCAUCGAGGCGGCCGUUUUCGAGGCAGCGCCCGCCGCGCGGCGAUCGAACAACAGCACCGGCACGGUCCUCGGCGUUUAUCCCAACGGCUUCAAUGCGCUCGAAGGAUUGAAGCCAGGGCUCGGCGAAGCUGUGAUUGCGAGCGGAUCACCGGUCGCGAAAAUCACGUUUGUUGCCCGACAGAUUCCGGCGGAUAUUGCAGAUUCUGAAUCGGCCAUCCAAGAGGUACUCGCCUCGUCUCUAACGAGACCCGAAAUUAUCAUGCACGGACAUCGUGUCGUGGCUUAUCACCCCGUCGUCGCGGGAAAGCCUGUUGCCAGCAGCAGCGUAUCGGAUACCACCAAGGAUGGCGCCGACGAGGGAGAGGUGGAAGCGGUUGACGUGGUGCUCGAGGUUGUGGGUUCGAAUCUCAGAACUGGCGCAAAUAUUUCCAGCGUUGCUGCUCCGGAAGGAGCUGAUAUUGGGGAGGAGGGGGGUGCUGCGCAGCAGCAGCGCGAGCUGGUGGUGGUUCGUGCAAAGAUUCUGGUCGCAGCGGAUGGCGUGCGAUCAGCCGUGCGAAAUCAGAUGAUCGGCGACUCGCCUCGGUAUUUGGAGCAGUUUGGAUGGAACGCGCGUGUGCCUAGCCAGCCAAGCGGGGACGUGAGCCAACAGCAGAAUCGAACGGUGCUUUCGUUUAAGGAUGCGGUUACGGGUUACCAGAUGUUCUUGAUCGAUGGCGGGAAGACAUUUUGGCAUGUAAGCGCUGCUGACCCUGAUGGCCAGCUGAAGGCCGAGCUCGAACAAACACCCUUUGGUGGCUUUGGCAAGCCAGGCGUCAAGGACCGGUUGAUGUGCCACGUCAGCAAGCACAUUGCAGACCCCUCAGCGCAUGACACCUGGCAUACCGUGCUCCAGGCGGUUACCACAACGGACCCCGGUAACAUCUACGAGCGGUGGAUGAUGGACCGGCCUCCUCCGAAGGAUUCUUGGAGCGACUCCAAGUGUGGUAACAGGGUUGUUCUUAUGGGGGAUGCCGCACAUGCCAUGCAUCCCGAACUAGGGCAAGGUGCUCAAACUGCCUUUGAGGAUGCUCACCAGCUGUCCCUAUGCCUUGCUGAAAUCAAGGAUGUGCUUGCCGAGCCUGCUGCCGUGGCUGCUGCGGUUCGGGAGUACGAGGGUCGGAGGAUCGAUAGGUGCGUGAGAAUCCAUGCGUACGCCACUGCAGCUCAUGGGUUUGGAGAGGAGGCGAGACUUGUGAGGGAACUUUCUCCUCCUGAGAAGAGCAAGUUGUUCAUGGAGUUUCAGAAGUGGAUCCUUGCAUAUCCAGACAAGAUCAAAGGUGAUCCUGAAUCCACCUACUUCAAGUGA